UAGGAAGUUGGUACCAGUGGCGCCUCACAGCGGCAUUUAGAAUCGAACACGAGCUGAAUCGUUCAAUCCGAGGUCAGUUGCAGUUGAGAGUCGAGCACGACCGUCCCACCUACCCACCAACGUGAACUGGUGCGGGACAAAACAACAGGAACGAACGAGAACGAAAGUGGUGGAGGGUGGAAAAAGAACGUGGCUUCUUAAAGUCCCCUUUAAAAAAAAUUAAAUUCACACAACUGAACGCGAUUUUUAAACAAAAAUUUACCUCGUGUGUGUCGUUGGCUCAACUUUAUUUGCAACUACCCAAUUCAUCAAUCACUACGGCCAUUCGCCUUCUUGAAAUCGAAGAGGAUUACCUUUUUUUCUUACUGUCUUCACCGCGUGUUUUUUUUUUUCCUUAGUGUGUUGUGAGUGUCAUUAAUCAACUGGUCAUCUAGAUUCAACCAACGUUGCCGAAAGUACAAUAGCAGAAAAAGAAAAAAAAACGGUUUGGAAUUGAGUGACAGCGGUAGUAGACACUGCCGGGCCAACGCCAUCAGCGGGAGACACGCCGGAGCCUACCAUGCGCCAUGACGGCGAUCGAUGCGAGCGUUUCGGAACUGUCGUCAUCGUUGGUCGUCAGACGUCCUCUGUCGAUGUUGCUACCGCCUUCGCCUUCAUCCGAAUUCGCCCUGUUUGCCUCAGCGUCCAGCACCAGUGGUAAUCACGGCGCUUCACAAGCCAUUAACGCAUCACCUGGCGGUGGUGGCACGACCAACGGUGUAGUUGUUUUACCUACCGAAUUGCUCCUGUCCUCGCCAGUUGGCACGGAGUCGUCUGCUCUUCAACUCGUCGGUUGUUAUGGCGACCAUUCGGCUAAUCAUUCAUCGGAAGACAGGAGGCAUCUGGUGACGAUUGGCGGUGUAGGGGAUAUUAGCCGGUGUAGUAGCAAUGGCAGUAAUAACAAUUGGCUGGCCGAUUUAAGCGUUGAAGUAUGUAAAGUGGAAACGAUCGGAGAAGAAGGAAGCGACAAUAGCGGCGGAGGAGGUGGAGGAGGAAGCGGGGGAGGUGAGUGCGGUGGCGGCAGUGACGAUUGGGACGAGUCCGUCUUUUUCGAAGCCGCAGCUGCCGCCGCCGCUAGUUGUUGCGCUACCGGACAGGCCAGUCAUCUCCAUCAUAAUCCGCAUCAUCAGCACGACGUCGGCAACAACCUGGACGUUCUCCUGGGCAAUCCCAAUCUCCACCAUUCGAGUGGCGGUACUGAUCUGCUGGAACUGGACGUUCAAAAUUGCUGUACAGUCGAUUUCCCCUUGUCGCCUAAGCAGCUCCUCCUGGGCGGCAGUGGUGGUGGAGGAGGAGGAGGUUCAUCGGGUAAUAGCAGGAGUAGUAGCAGCAUAAGUAGCAGCAGCAGUAAUAGCAACAGCAGCUGCUGCCCCGAAGACGGCCAACUGAUUGCCAGUGCCGGACUGUUGUCGUCUCCUCCGUCGACGCCGUCGCCUUCAUCCUCAGGCGGUGGCGGUUCAACACGACAACUGCAACAGCAGCAGCCGUUGCCGCAACCGCCGCAGCCCUGCUCAGUAAGUGACAAAAUGUGUAGCAAAGUGUUUACGAGCACGUCGGCCCUGGCCAAACACAAACUGACGCACAGCGACGAACGCCGAUUUUCAUGUCAAUUGUGCGGCAAAGCUUUUAAACGCCAGGAUCACUUAAACGGACAUUUAAUUACGCACCGUGAAAAGAAGCCAUUCGAAUGCCGGGCGGAUGGAUGCGGUAAAUCGUAUUGCGACGCGCGGUCGCUACGACGCCAUCAAGACAAUCAUCACGCGCCACCGGGCAGUUUAGCUCUUGCCGGAACGAUCCAGCAGGCGCCGAGUCCGACCGGACUCGGUUCUUCGUUGCCUUCGAGAUCGGCGUCAUCGGCUUCGUCGAAUGCUGGGCUGUUUAUCAGCGAAUUGAGCGGCGGAUCACCCGGUCUUGUUAUGCCGACGCCAUCCGCCGGAUCGACGCAUUAUCCGGCGCCCGGCAGCAAUGGCAGCUCGACGACAUCCAGCGGCGCGAACAGUGGCCAUUUCCAGGUCAAUCAGGCGACGGAAAAUGGGCAGCAAUUCGCCGGAUGGGUCACGAAUUCGGCCGCAACGUCAGGCCACGAUUCCAUCAUUUCGCUGGAUUCGCGCGCUGCACAGUACGGCUCCGUUCCUCCCGGCACGGCUAAUGGCGAUCGUUACCUGCCAGCCGAGAAUCAAGACGGCCAUCAGGCGCAGGUCACCUGGACAUCGGCACCGGCCGAAAGUGUGUCGCCUCCGAAAGGAGCUAAAAAGCAAGGGACACAUUCGGCGGCCAUGAAAAUAGCAGAGAAGCCGAAUAAUAGCAAGGUCGACGGUGCUGGAACAAAUGGAAAAAUUCCGUCUCCGUCAAUGCCGGCAGCAGCGGCGGCUGCUGUCGUCGUCGUCAAAUCAACGAAGAAGGCGAAGGGGUCGAAAAUGCAACAGAAUGGCAAGGCCGCCGCAGGAGCCUCGUCUACCAAGAAUAAUGGCAAUUCGAAGAAAAUGGCGACGGAUUCCAGCACGGCAGCCAAUAACGACGGACUGACGACCCAGCAAUUGGAACUCAUCCAGGAAAUAAUGCGGCAGACGCAAGAGCAGCACAGGUUGAUGCAGGAGGAGCAACAGCUUAUCCAGCACAAACCCGCCCAACCGUCGCAUCACACGGCUUCCGGGCCGGCAACGGCCAAAGCGAAGAAGACCAAUAACAAGGUCAAAUGGACGUCUCCUCCGCCUUCGACGGCCAACAAUAGCGACCCGAAUCAAACGUCGGGUCAAUCGACGGCAGCGUCGAACUCGUCGGCCCCUCCCGGAGGAGAUCCGUCCGCGGCCAAUGGAGGCGUUUCCGGCCGUCCGGUUGAAUGCAACGUUUGUCAGAGGCGUUUCAAAAACACGCCGGCCCUCAACGGCCACAUGCGUUUGCACGGUGGAUUCUUGAAGAAAGAGGCGGAAUGCAGCGGAUCCAGCGGGUCGGGAAACGGAUCCGGUGGCGGGGGUAGUAAUGGCAGCUCAGGCGGCGGAGGAGGUGGAAGCGGCAGUGGAGGCGGAAGUAGCAAAAAGCCGGGCGAGAGUAAGAAAGAUCCGAAUACGCCUCCGCUUCAGACGGCUUCCGUCUCGGUGCGUGCCCUCAUCGAAGAGAAGAUCAUCCAGCGCCGGAAUAAUAUGGCGGCCAACAAUCCCUCAUCGUCUACUACACCGACUUGUCCAUCGUCGGCUUCUACUUCAGGUACUACUACUACCAUGUCUGUCGUCGCUGCGGCGGCACCGUCGUCAUCCGCCAGUUCUGUUGUUGUCCAACAAGAGCAACAACAUUCUCAUGCCUUACCAAUCUCAGUACAAUCAGUCAAUCCGCCACCGGAAGCGUCUGUGAUGUUGAUGGACGUCCUAGAAGAGGAUCAAAGGGAAUCGAUGGAUGUUCAAUCACAGCAGCCGCUCGUUCCCAAAAUGGAGCCGGAAGGUUAUUUCGAAGGAUCGCUAUUGGCACUCAGCCCAGUCAGUCUUCACAGAGCCUUGGAAGGUGAUAUGGAUGCCAUACCUGAUGACGAUCCGGCAAGCAACGAAGGCGGGGUCUCUUCCGGAUUGCACAAUUUGCAUCAUCACCACCACCAUAGUCACCACGGUGAAAACUUUUUCUCGACAUCCUCGUCAUCGUCGUCUGCUCUGAGCGAAGUCCCCCUGCUGGACGAUUCCGUUUUCCAUCAGGUUUCAGCGGCUGCCGCUUCGGCGUUGCUGUCGGAUAUUAGCAGCUUGGAUUUGCAAUCUUACAUGGACAGCGGUAACGGCGGUGGCAAUCACAAUCAGCAACAGCACAGCCAAAAUGGCGUCGGACAGUAUUCUGAUUUGUCGCAAUAUUUGGCCAGCAGCGCUGGAGAUCACGUCAAUGAAUCUGUCGUUGUCGACUCGUCCGGAAUGUACGGGCACGACGCCGCUAGCGGUUUCCAGCAUCACUCUGAUGCCGGUUACGUCUCGUAUCACCACCACCAGCACGAAACGAGUGUAGGUGUAGUGGCUGGAUUGGUGAGCGCGGCGUUCGGCUUCGAUCCGUCGCCUUCGACGCCGCUCUCGUCUCUCUGUUCGCCGCAGCACUACGUUCAGCAUCAGUAUCAACAGCACAGCCAUCAGCCGGAUUACACGCACAGCAGCAAUAGCGUCGAUACGUGCUCCGGCGGAGGAGGAUAUCAAUCGAUGUUGAUGCCGGGCGUCGAUGCUUCACCGUACACGCCGUCUCCUUCACCCGUCAGUCCAUCCGUCACGUGCUCUUCUCUUCCGCACUUGCAGCGCUUCCAGCCGCAACAGCAACAACAACAGCAGCAGCAGGAUGCUGUUGGAUUCUAUUCGACGUCGAGUUUCUCCAGCGGAGGUGCGGCCCACAAUAACGCGCAGAGCAAUUUCAUGAUCGAUUGCGCCAAUAGCGUCUUGUACAACAUGGAAGCGAGCGGAGGAGGUGGAUGGGACCAUGCGGCCGAUUUGACCACCGUUGCCACGGACGCUCUGCCGCAGCUGAUGGAACAAGACCAGCCUUCCGAGCAGAUGGAUCAUCAACAGCAACAAUCUUCUGCCGUAUUGCUCAAGCCCGUCAAGGUGAAGAAAAGUCGGCCGUCGAGAGCCAAAAAGACGAACGCCAUCGACGCUGAGGCGGGCGAAGUUAAAAAACGCAAAACGAUGACGCUGACGGGCAAGAAGUGCAUCAAGCGCAGCGACGACACGGAUGACGUGUUGAUGCUGGGCAAAGGCAAUAGCAGCGCUAAAGGCGACGGCCAGUUUUUCAGCGCCAUGAAUUUGACGAGUUCGGCUUCGUCGGCCGGCCGUCAUUGCCUCAUGUUGAAUCCGAAACGCAACGGAGUUGGACUUUAUUGGAAUCUAGUCAGGGACAAACUGGUGAGCCCGCCACAAGUCCCAUCCAGCUCUGCGUCGCGUCAAAAGAGCCGCGUCCGCAUCGGGAAGGAUCACCAGUGCGCCGCGUUGCCCCGUUGCAAAAAGAAAGAGGCCAACAAGGAACGCGAAUCUGCCGUCCUUUGUUGGAGCGCUAAUUUAGCCGGAGGCAAAUCUACGGAGCUUGACCGGCUGCUGGCCUGGACCCGCUCGCCCGCUCUGCCUGGACCCAAGCGCACCGAAGAAGAGGUGCUGGCCGUCGUGACCCACUUUCACGGCGAUAUCCAAGCGGCCAAAUUGCACUUGCUGACUCAAUCAUCAUCCAGCCAUCACGUUCUCAAUAAUUGGACGCCAGAAGAGAUGACCGUCUUUCACGCCGCUUUGCUUCAACACGGCAAAGAUUUCCCCCAAGUUGCUCAACACUUACCUUCGAAAACGGCCAGCCAGUGCAUCCAAUUUUAUUACCUCUGGAAGAAAGUCUGCCGGCCUCACGAAUACGCGUCGAUUAAGCGUUCCAUGGUCGGCGGAUCAACAGCCGCCCCUCAAUCUUGCAGUCCUAGUCUGAUGGACGAGACUAGCCUUUGCGAUUGGCGUGACGUUGGAUGCAGCGAAAAUGAUCUAAUUAGCCUGACGCAACCGCCUGUCGUCGCCACGUCUGCGGCAGCAUCGCAAGAUUGCUCCACCUCCUCUUCGCCCUCCUCUUCUUCUCUGUUGCUGCUCUCCCCCUGUGAGUUUGCCGACUGCCAUGCGAUUUCCAGUAAUCGAGCGACUCCGCGACGUUAUCAAGGCAAUCAAUCUAAUGCUUCGCCUUCAAUCUCCCUGGCCGAUAAAUUGUAUCCCUGUUCGGUGUGUCACAAGGUAUUCGACAAAGUCAAGAGCCGUAGCGCCCACAUGAAGACGCACAAAUCAGCUUCGAUGGCAGCGGCGGCUGCUGCGGCGGCCUCGUCUUCGACGACAGCCAACGGACAAGAUAAUUGCUCGUCACUUGUGAGCAAUAAAAAUCGCAAGAGUCAUCAUCAUCAUCAUCAUCACGUUCAUCAUCAUCACAAAUCGCCAUCGCUAGCAGGCGGAGCUUUAACUCCAGCGUCGCCCGUCUCCACCACGUCGCAUUCGUCGCUGUCGUCCACUUCUUGCUCGCUUCCAUCGCCGUAUUUGCCGUCGCAGAGUCUCUUUUGAAAUCUGUCUUGCGCGCUUUAUUUUAAAGCAGCGGACCAAAUCAGAAAGAAAAACAGCCCACACACACACACAAAAAGGCAGAAUAUAUAGGUAACUCAAAUAAUUUUAUGUAAAUCACGCUAGCCCCCCCCCCAACCCCUCCAGAAAGUCAGCUUCCCUCUUAAUCAGAAGCUCAAAAUCUUUGUUUCUUUUUUAACCUUUUUCAAACUUUUAAAAAUGAUUGAUGUUAUCUCUUUAAACAAACAAGAUAUGCUCUUACGAUUCUGUAUGUAUAAGUUUCUCACACCAAGUACCGCGACGAAACGGGCAGUGCCUUUUUCAGUUUAAGGGUUGGACCCUCCCUCAACCACACCCUAAUCUCGUCCCACCUUUUAUCAAACAAACAAAAGGAUUGAUUUUGUUUGUUUUCGGUGUUGCUCUUAUGUUCUUUACACAUUUUUUUGUUUUGUUUUGUUUUGUUUGGCUUUCAUCAUUCAAACUUUUUCAGCGUGGUCUUGUUGAUUAUCAAUUCAAAUUCGGCCCCCCCCUUUUUUUUUAACUUUUAAGAUAUAGACAUAUAUAUAUAUAUAUAUAAACACUAUAUAUUUUCACGCUAGAAUCGAUUUCCGCCUUGCUGGUUGGUUGAGGUGGCGAUUUAUAGGUAGACCUUUUGUUGGUUUUUGAUUUUCUUCUUCGCGUGUGUGCGUGGUGUGUCUUCUUUUGUUCGACGGGCACAACGUUUUCGCCUGUGCGUGUGCAAUCAUUAUCUUAAAGCCCUCCCCACCUGCUCCCCUCCUCACUCCUCUUUUCGUGAACGGGAAGGAGGGAAAAAAAAACAACUAUAGGGAAAGGAAAUCCCAAUAAUCGAUUUCACUGCUCAUCAGCAAAUCAGCCAUACAAUUUUGAAAUAAUUUUUGUGUACGUGUGUGUGUGAAAACAUUAACCUUUACCUGCCUACUCUUUAUUAUUAGUUUUGCGAACUGCAAAACGAAUUCGUUGUGCGUGAACGUGAAUGCCACCACUCAAACCUUGGUAAUCUUUUGGCAAAACUUCUCUUUUUGAUAUACUUAUCCCGCUAUAUUGUGAAUUUUAUAUUAGAAGCAUACCUUUGGCUUGUUUAUGUCAUAUGCUGGACAACAACUUGAAAGGUUGUUGUCGUUUUUUUUCUUUCUACGUCAGUCAUCACCACAGUCAAACCAAACAAAAGAAGGAAUAACGCCGGUGUGUGCAAGCCAAUUUGAUGUAUACACAAGCACAUAAUGAUUAUCCCAGUGUUAUUGUUAAUGAUCCCUUCUCGUUUUUUUUUUUCAUGAUUCAAUUAGGCAAUCUCGAAAGGAAAACAUCUUUUACGGUGUAUGCAGUAAAAACUUGAUGCUAAAUUUUAUUUUUAUUUUUGGAAAUAAGGAAUUUGUUUGACAAAUGCGGAGAUACCCCGUGAGAUAUAGAAAUCCCCCGUCGUAGUGACGUAAACACAAAGGAAAUUGAAAACAAUAAGAGGAAAGGGAUUUUUUUUUUUAAAGAAAAGAGAGAGAGAGUAAAAAAAAAAAUCCCCGUGACCAAUAUAUCAAUAAUUAGCUUGUUUUUUUAAAAAUAAUAACAAUAAUAUAUUUUAUGUGACCAUAUUUCAAUCCGAUUAUGAUUGGCACUCAACUUAUUAAUCUAUUUGUUAAAAAUCCUGUUUUCUCUCUUCUGUUAUAAUUUUUGUUUUUUUAUUAUUAUGAUUUUGUUCCUCUCACGUCUUUAAAAAAUUCUUACCUCGAUCGGCGGAGUAAUUUUUUAAUUUUUAUUUGACGCAUUUCAACGUGUUAGCGUGAGGCAAUGCAAAACCAAACCGGUACGAAGAAAUAAUAAUUCUAAUAAUAAUAAUAAAAUAAGUAAUAAUUGUAAAGAAUUGAAUAAUUCACGUUCUUUUCAUUACUACAUUUCACCGUUUUGAAACAUUUGGAAUCGUUUUAUUUUUACGGAAAUACUUUCUUCAUUCUUACUAUUACUAUAGCGUGAGUGUGCGUGAUUGUGUUGCGUAGCCUCAAGAGUCUUUUUUCACCCACACGUCAUCCAAAAUUUUUAUUCAAAUUUUGUUUUUCCGAUUUCUCACUUUUCUGGUGCGUGUGAAUUUCAUUUUUUUUUUCAUUUCUGGGUUAUCCCUAUGUACCAAACGGAGCAAAGAGCGUGUGCCAUGUAGAUAGUGUACAGCAAAAGCAAAGCAAAGUGGCGUGAUUUUUGCGAUCACUCUCCUACACCGUGACGCCACAUUAUGCAAUGAAGCGUUCAAUCAGCUACGCACCCACCAAAAUAGAAACCAUCUGAUAAUUCUAGUUGACGAAAGAUAUUUGUAUACAGAAAGACCUCCUCUCGAUUCACAUAUGUAAUCCGGUUUCAUUUUUCGAUUUUUUGUUGUUGUUGUUGCUGAUUUUUCUUUUUUUUUUUUUACAAUUUUUUUGCGGUUUGGGUUUUUAUUUAAAAAAGUUUGCAAAUUCCCACGUCUUCUUGUAUUAGGUCUCUUUUUUCUCUUUGACAAUUUUACACAUUGCCCUGAACGCUGUACUGCCCUCUCUUAUAUCAUUCUCCCCUUCCCCCUCAAUGCCCUCCCACUUUUUUAUAUCCAUCAGUGUGUGUGCGUGUGCGUGCCGUUGCCAUGACAGCGCCAAUUCUUCUUAUUUUUUUUCCUCUAUUUUUUUUUAAAUCUUCAAUUCUUUACACUAUCGUUGUUGCUGUUGAAUUAUAAUAUAACACGGUGUGUGAUUAGUUUAAUUCCAAA